AUGGCGAACUGGGCAGAACUGCCCCACGAACUCCUUGUUCUCAUUGCAAAGCGCGUUAAAGUGAUAGAAGAUUUCAUUGCUUUUGGUGCUGUUUGUACGUCGUGGCGAACUGCUGCUACAAAGGAAAACUUUGAUGUGUUUUCGCCUCAAGUUCCGUUGCUAAUGUUGGCUGAUGAUAAAGACGAUGAUUAUCGAGAAUUUUACUCUCUUUCUAAGGGGAAAGUCUCACGUAUAUUAUAUCUCCCAGAAGCUAGAGGGCGAGAGUGUUUUCCAUCAGAGGGAUGGUUGUUCACUAUGUCAUAUUACGGAGAGUUUAACUUAUUGCAUCCUUUUUCCCGUACACAAAUUCAACUUCCUUCACCAAAAGCGUUAUUGGCUUUACAGGGUUUUGAUGAAAUACCAAAAGGAGAAAUCUAUCACAUGAUCGACAAAGCUGUCUUAUCUGCUAAUCCUUCUCUUACAUCAGAUUAUGUAUUAGUGAUUUCCUAUUAUACAGAUGUUAAUCAUUUGGCUUUUUGGCGACCUGGAGAUCUUAGCUGGACCAAAUUUGAAAUUGAAUAUAGAGUUGGUGGAGUCUUCAAUAUGAUUUACUAUAAGGGUCAAUUUAUUUUUGUAACUUACGCUGGAGAAGUUUGUGUUUUUUAUGUUCCAGGGCCUAGUAUUUCUCAACCAAUUGUAGAAUCACGCUUAUUUUGGCUUGACGAUAAUCUGAAUCUGUUUCGCCAAAAAAAGCAUUCAAUCAACUUCUACCUAGUUGAG